UGGGAUCUCAAGAUUGGAUCUUGUGGAAGGGCGUGAGUGGCGAUCUCGACGGCGGAUCUUGUUGAGCGGCGUCAGUUGUGCUCUUGACCGUGAAUCUUGUGGAGGGGCUCCAGUUGCGAUCUCGAUAGCCAACCUUGUUGAGGGGCGUCGUCUGCGACCCCGACCGCGGAUCUUGUUGAGGGGCUCCAGUUGCGAUUUCGAUAGCCAACCUUGUUGAGGGGCGUCGUCUGCGUCCCCGACCGCGGAUCUUGUUGAGGGCCAGCUUGUCAGUUGUGAUCGCUGCCGCGCGAGCGCGUGCCAGGCGCCAUCUGUGAAAGUUUUUGCCCCUGUUGUGGGGUGGGGUUUUCGUUCUCCGUUCUUGCGUUUUUUCGCCAUUGGCUAUUGGCUAUUGGCUGUAGGGUUUCGGCAGAGCAUUAAAACAUAACACAAGGGCGAGAUGAAGACAACAUCUACGAUCACGGAUCGCUCCUACGAUCACGUGGUCAGCGUCCCGGUGGAUUUCAAGACGUUCUUCCGCAACGAGUUCCGCUGCAGUCAGUUCGGACUGCAGGGCCAGCACUGGGAGAGGUUCGUCCGACCCCGAUGGUACCGCGGAUCUGAAUCGCGAUCCGAUUCGCUGGGGCAGUGGGUGUUCCUGGUCCUUCGCCUGAUCCUGGCCGUGUACUGGAGCGGCUGGGUGGUCAGGAGCGGGUUGGAAAACGGUCUGGGUCUCGACGACGACGGCCCGCCUUUGGGCGCCAAAUGGUUCAUCUACCUCACCCACUUGUCCGCUCUCUUCGAGGCCGUCUAUCUUAUUUUCGCAUUCCUUCUUUGUCUCUUAUUCACCCUCCACGUGUACCCCUCUUCCUCGGCAGCGGAGGGUCGAGGGGUUGCAGGGGGAGGGGGGGUGGUGGAAGCGGGGAGGGGAGGGGGGGGGUGUCAGUUUCUUGUAGGCGUGCCGAAGUCGGGACUCCGACCGAGCGGGGGGGAUCGCCGCGGUUCUCUCGAAGAAGCCGGCGGCGGCUUCGGCGGCGAUGUCGGUAACGCUUACGUUGACGAAGACGCGAUGACCCUCCCCUGGUCGUUCAGGUUGACCUGGUUCUUGCGCAAUGUGGAAGCUAGUUGGAGCUUCUUCGUCUUCGCGCUCUACUGGUUCCUCGUGUACGAGGGCGGCGAGGUCGAUGCCCUCAACGCGCACGUGCACGGAGUCAAUUUCCUAAUCAUGCUCCUGGACGGAGCCGUGGCUGCCAUGCCGAUGCGGAUCUUGCACUUUUAUCAGCCCGUCGGAGCGGCUGCAGCUUACUCGGGCUUUGCCGCGCUCUAUUGGGCUUUCGGCGGGAGAAACGAGGAAGGGGAGCGAUACAUAUACAAGUCGCUAAAUUUUGCGGACGAACCACGGCAGGCCGUCAUCCAGAUCGUGCUGAUUUGCCUAGUCGCCACGCCCGUUUUCCACCUCGUCUUCUGCUUGUGGAAUUACAUGUGGUAUCGGUGGACAAGGCCGUCGGGUAGGUUCACCUUGAUCCAGCGAGACGGAGUCGGCAAAUAAAAAAAUAAAAAAAAAAGAGUUUUUCAAUUUUCAAAUUUUAAUUUAUGUAAAUUUGGCCGCCAUCCUGAUCGUGCUGAUUUCCUUCACUUAGCAGUAGCUGAGUUCCUCUACUUAGCAGUAGCUGAUUUCCUCUACUUAGCAGUAUCUGAGUUCCUCUACUUCGCGCAGUAGUGGGGGGUAGGUAGUGUAAGGCAAAAAAAAAGGAAUUUGAGAGAAGAAUGUGGUGUAGUUUCAAAAAGCAAAAAAAAAAAACAAAAAAAAAAAAGGAAAAAAAAAGAAAGAGAGAUCGUGCUGAUUUGCCUACCCGUAGUUGGGGGGGCGCCCAUUUUCCACCUCUUCUGCUUCGGGGAUUACAUGUGUGUGGUCUAUUGGUUGACGAUGCCCUCGGGAGCAUGGUCCCACGAGCAAUGGGGAUUGGAUUAAGAUCCUGAAUCUGGGCGUGUUUUAGGUAGAGAUGCAGAAAAGGAUUUCAAUCUCGAUUUUCUGCAUUCGUCCACAAACGCGCCCAGAUUCAGGCAUUCGAUCCGAUCCUCUUUGCUAGUGGGACCUAACCCCCGGGUAGAUAGGUUCACCUUGAUCCAGCGAGACGU